AUGGCGCGUAAAGGCCCUGGUACAGAUGGCCCUCUACAGAUAGCCCUCCUAGAAUCCACGUCUGCAGCCACAACAAGAGCUUCUGAAGGACAGAAGAUCUUCAGCCCUAUAGCUGCAUUCCUCAACAAACACCGCAGCCAAACCACUGGCCUUGCCCCUCACCUACUGAGAGCCCUCACCACUCUAAGCGAUGAUCUCGCCUCAGUAGCCCAACAACAUUUCAACGCCUAUAUUAGCGGUAUCCCGACAACCUCCAUUCUACCUGCCCUUACAGCACUAAAAGAAGUUCAAGUCAUAAAGACUGGCUUUGCACUAUGUCACUCAUCUCCAGAAGCCCUCCUAGCUCUUAAGGCCUAA